CGGAGCGGCUCCCGCCGCCGCCGUCCCCGCCGGGUCACCGGGACCGUGUCCCCGAGGGAUGGGGACACCGCGGGGGGGACACGGGGACACCGCGGGACCCCCCCGGGGGGCGGGAGCUGCUGCCCCGAGUGAAUCCAGCGGGAUGAUCCCAGCAGGGAUCCUGGCUCUGGAGGGGACUGUCGCUCCCUGAGGGAUCUGGGAUCUGCUCCUGGAGCCUUCCCGAGGAUCCCCCAGGGACUGGGGCUCCUUUUGGGGCUGCUGAGGGUCCCGGGGGGAUCCUGGCUCUGUGCUGGGGCACCCAGUGGUUCCCAGGGGAUUUGGGAUCUGCUCUGGGAGCACCCGGGGAUCCCUCAGGGGUCUGGGGUCUGCCCCAGCCCCUCUCUCCAGGGAUGCCCAAGGAAACUGGGAUCCACUCUGGGGUUCCCAGGGGGAUUUUGACUCUCCCAGAAGUCCACGAUGGAUCCGGGAUCCGCUCUGCGGGAUGCUGGGGUUCCCUGGGGGAUCCGGAGGGAUCUGGGAUCCCGGGGGUGGCUGGGAAUCCCCGCGGGGAUUGGGAUCUGUUGGGAUCCUCCUGGGGGAUCGUCCUGCGGGACGGCUGGGAGGGAACCCCGGGGAUCCCGACUCGGGGCUGGGACACCCUGGGACCGGGACCGGGAUUGGGACCAGGAGCGGGACCGGGACCGGGACCGGGAUCAGGGUGGGGACCGGGAUCGGGACCGGGAGCGGGACCGGGACCGGGAUCUGGACUAGGGUCGCUCCCCAGGAGUACCAGCAUGUGCCCAUCGACAUCCAGACCAGCAAACUGCUGGAGUGGCUGCAGGACCGGCGGCACUGCGGGCGGCGCUGGCAGGCUCAGGUGCAGCGGGUGCGGGAGCGGCUGCGGGAGGCGCUGCGGGACAUGCCCGAGCACCCCGAGAUCCGCGAGCUGCUGCGGGGCUCCUACCUGCACUACUUCCACUGCCUGCGCAUCGUGGAGAUCCUCAGGGCCACCGAGGCCUCCACCAGGAACCUCUUUGGCCGCUACUCGUCCCAAAGGAUGAAGGACUGGCAGGAGAUCGUGGCCCUCUAUGAGAAGGAGAACGCCUACCUGGCCGAGCUCUCCAGCCUGCUGGGCCGCAGCGUGGCGUUCGAGCUGCCGGCGCUGCGGCGGCAGCUGGGCCGGUGCCGGCAGGCGCAGCAGGAGCUGGCGCGGCGUGAGGACGAGUGCCAGCUCCGGGCUGGAGAGCUCCGGGAGAGAUUCCUGGCGUCCUGCCGCCAGUACGGCAUCGCUGGUGGGGACGUGCGCCAGGAGCUGCUGGCCCAGGUGGAGGCGCUGCCGUCGCUGCUGUCCCGCAUUGGGGACGGCGCCAGCGCCCUCGGGGACGCCAUCGAGCUGUACGAGGCCUGCGUGGCCUUCGUGUGUGACAGUCCCGGUGUCCCGGUGCUGCCGUUGCUGCGGUUCGUGGCCAGGAACGGGAACUCCUCGGUGUUCCGGUGGCGCACGGGGCUGGAGCCGCUGCGGGUGGAGCGGCCGCGGCUGCGGGAGGAGCCGGAGCCGCCCCGGGAGGACACGAUCGAUUGGGGCGAUUUCCCCGCGGAGCCGCCCCAGGACGGGGACAUCGACUGGGGGAUCACGGUGGAGCCCAGUCCCCAGGGGGCCGAUGGCAUCGAUUGGGGUGAUGGAGAGAAGGGACAGGAGGGGACAAUCACAGCAGAGCCCAGUCCCCAGGGGGCCGAUGGCAUCGACUGGGGCGAUGGAGAGAAGGGACAGGAGGGGACAUCGAGUGGGCCCAGUCCCCAGGGGGCCGAUGGCAUUGAUUGGGGUGACGAAGAGAAGGGACAGGAGGGGACAAUCACAGCAGAGCCCAGUCCCCAGGGGGCCGAUGGCAUCGAUUGGGGUGACGGAGAGAAGGGACAGGAGGGGACAAUCACGGUGGUGGAGGCUGGCACUGAGGCCCCCGAGGCCGUGGCGCGCGGCUCGGACGCGCUGACCCUGCUGGAGAACCCCGAGACACGGAACCAGUUCCUGGACGAGCUGAUGGAGCUGGAGCUGUUCCUGGCGCAGCGGCUGCUGGAGCUGGAGGACGAGGCGGACGUGGUGGCCAUGAGCCAGCUGCAGCUGGCCCCGGCCGUGCUGCAGGGCCAGAGUGGCCAGCGGCUGCGGGCCCUGCUGGCCACCGCGCGGGACCUGCUGGGCCAGCUCUGCUCCCCCAGCGUGCAGCACCUCUGCAUGAUCCUCGCCUCGCCCAGGUACGUGGAGCGGGUGACGGCGCUGCUGCGGCAGAAGCUGCUGCAGUCCGAGCUGCUGCUGGCCAAACGCGACGCGCUGGCCCAGCGGCGACAACAGGCCCUGGGCGAGCAGGCGGCCCUGGAGCCCAAACUGCAGCAGCUGCAGGAGAGCACCAGGGAGCUGCAGGAGCUGAUCGAGGCCGACAUCUCCAAGCGCUACGGGGGGCGGCCGGUGAACCUGAUGGGGAUCAACCUGUGACCCCCCGAGGGUCCCCAGAGGGUCCCCAGGGGGUCCCCAAGGGGGUCCUGCCCCUCCCAGAGCCCCCGGCUGCUGCCGCUGCUGCUGCUGCGAUUGGGGUGUUGGAGAAUAAACCCGAAUUGUG